UCUUGCUGAGCGGGCCAUUCGGAGAGGGAAAGGAAGGAAAGGAGGCGUCAUGUCCGAGCCUGAGUGGCCCCAGAGCCUGGCCCCUCUGAAGGAAUUAGAUAACUUGUUGCGUUGUGGGAUAUGUUUCGAAUACUUCAACACUGCAAUGAUCAUUCCCCAGUGUUCACAUAAUUAUUGUUCUCUCUGCAUUCGUAAGUCCCUGUCCUUUAAAGCUCAGUGUCCUACCUGCUGUGUGGCAGCUGCAGGACCUGACCUGAAAAAUAAUAGGAUAUUAGAUGGACUUGUAAAGACUUUCCGUUCUGCAAGACAGCAGCUGUUCCAGAUAAAGAUAAAGCAGGAAGACAAUGAUGCUAGCCAAGAAGCAGGGAGUACAAGUCCUACAGGAGGCACCAGGAAUCCUGUAACACCUUCCACAUCUGCAACAAAAAUUGUUCCAAAAGUGGAAUGUCCUGUUUGUGGGGUUAUUGUUCAAGAAAUGCAUAUAAACAAGCACCUUGACUGCUGCUUGACACGAGAUGAGAAGAAGGACAGCCUUCGAAGUUCUGGACACACAAAGAAGUUCCUGCCUAAACUGGUUUACAAUUUGCUUUCUGACCGUGAUCUGAAGAAAUUGCUGAAGGAAUAUGGGCUGUCCACCCAGGGAACAAAGCAGCAGCUUAUUAAAAGACAUCAGGAGUUCGUGCACAUGUAUAAUUCACAGUGUGAUUCCCUAAAUCCCAAAUCAGUUGCGGAAAUAGUAAAAGAACUGGAAAAUAUUGAGAAGACUCGAGCACAGCUUGAAUCCAGUAAACCUAGGGAAGAUAGCAUGACAUUUACAAAGACCCAGACAGAGAAUGAAAUAGAUGAAAUUCAUAGCAAUUACCGGAAGAAACAUAAAGCUGAAUUCAAACUUUUAAUUGACCAAAUGAAUAAGCGAAAGGAACAUGCAAGUAAAAGGAAUAUAAAUGAAGAACCAAAGCAGAGUGAAACAACCACCGAAAAACCGCCUAUAGAGACUCGAGAAAAAAUGAAUCUUGAAGAACAAGCAGACUGGGCCUCCAUUACAGAUCACUCACGCGAAACGGCAAGUCUAGACUGUGGAAGAAGCAAAAGUAUAGAUUGGGCUGAUAUUGGAGGAUUGGCUCCUGCUUCUUCUUUUCAAUCCUCUGAAUCCUCAAACAGCUCAAGUUCAGACAUCAUAAGAGAUUUGGAAAUCGCUGGGAUGUGUUCAGGCUCAUUGAAUAUCAACAGUUUCCCAGAAAUGAAAACCACCAAACAAAAAUCACAGCAUUCUAGAAGCAGCCCAGUCUUUCCCCAGAGUAAGCGGAGAAAAAAUUAGCCAAAGUAUUACAUACUAUAUUGUAUGAUGGAAAUUACUAAACUGCUUUUACUUCCUCAGAAGUCUCUGGUUUUAAGCAGUACUGUUCAAAAUGUAUUUAGCUUAAAAAAAGUUUCAUUGAUAGCCAUGAAAAUUACUGUUAACUAAAUGUGCCCUUAUUAUUUAAAGCACUGAAACAGAUGUAUCUAUGCUGCAUAAAAAGGAAAAAUAUUUCAAUCAUUUCCAUUAGUUUCUGCACAAUAUAAGUGUCAUUUUUGCUUUUAGCAUGCAUCAAUCUAGGUAGUCCUCCCCCCACCUGCUUUUCACCUGUCUCUUUACCAACCACCACUUUUUAUAGCUCACAGCAGUGUUGUUGGCUUGAGAAAAUUAAUUUAUGCUGAUAGCUUACUUACACUGUAGAAAUAAUGCACUUUGAUAACCACUUUAAGUGCUGUAGCUCCAAUCUAUGGAAUUCUGGGAUAAGUCAUUUUACGGGGUCUUUAGUCUUCUCUGCCAAGGAGUGUUUGUGUCUCAGAAAACUAUAUACCCAAGGUAUUUUGUAGGCUGGAGCCAUGGCAGUUAAAGGGGAGUCAGAUGCAUCAUUUCUACAAUGUAGGUGUGCCCUUAGAAAGCCUUUAUGUGUGGACCAUUAUUUUUCUUAUACAUAUUCAUAAAAGAGGCCCUAUGCAUAAAGAACUUUAUGGGAGGGGAAAAUAUGGUUCAGUGUUUUUAUGUAAAGAUGGUGCCAACUUUGUAGACUUUUUACACCACUUGGAGUAAAUAGCACUUUCUAAACACAACUACCUUGCUUCCUGAUUUUUUCUUCUCCCCUAAACAUGGCUUGACUUUCAUGGUCUCAACAGCAAAUAAUGUAUGUUCUUAGGGACAAGAAUUAGUUAACAAUGACAAAUGAAAUUAGCUCAGUGGCCUUGUUUUAAAACAUUUGCCAGUCAGAGUUGUGUCCAGUUAGCCCAAAGAUGGCAACUAGAAGGGGAGGGAAGUGACCCCCAGACAAUAGAGAAAUAUAUUCUCUUAUUGCCAUCCCAUUGUUGCUCAGUCCCCUUGAACUUUGCUCAGUCCACCAAUAGUAUCCCCAAACCUCCAAAGAGGUCACUGAUGGCCAUUUCACAUUUUCAUGCUUGGGAGAAUAACCUAUAAAUUAGCCCUUGUCACCAACAGAUCACCCCCAUGGUAACCACAUGCCAUGCCUUGAUCCGAUGCUUUGCCGGCUCUAAAAAGAAUGGCAAAAUGCCACUCCUUUUAGAGCCGACAAAAAGCUGCCCUUGCUGUGGCGGUGGUGGCGUUUCUGCAUUUCUUUGGCGCAGCGUGUAUGAAUGCUGUGCCAAAGGAGCGCUGUGAGGUCCCCUGCCAUGCGGUCAGGCACACAGCAUGAUGCCAACAUAGAGGUGGAGUCGGGGAGUGCGGCAUGCAGUCACCACACACACCACUCCACCUCAAUACUGGUGUUUUUAGUUGGUCUGUUUUGCCCCUAAGUCACCCAUUAUUAUUAUUAUUAUUAUUAUUAUUAUUAUUAUUAUU